UACAGUUUUUCUGUGUUUCUCUGUGGCUUUUCCACGAUUCCAUGACCUGACCCCUGCCCAGCCCACACCCCAAAUCCCCCCACUAACCAGAAAUCCUCACUGCCAGCUGCAAAACCACCCCCCCAAACACCCCAUCUACCUAGAUAACACCCCCCAAACACCCAAUCCACCUGCACAACCCCCCAAAUUACCAACCCUGGCUGGGUUUCUCUCUGGUUCUGACCCAAGGGCAGGAACGUUUCACCUCCAUGACCCGCCUGUACUACAGGGAGGCCUCAGGCUGUGUCAUCAUGUUUGAUGUCACCAACAGCAGCACCUUCAGCAACAGCCACAAGUGGAAGCAGGACCUGGACAGCAAACUGGUGCUGCCAGAUGGGAGCCCCGUGCCCUGCCUGCUGCUGGCCAACAAGUGUGACCUUUCCCCGUGGGCAGUGACCAGGGAGGAAAUCGACAGGUUCAGCAAAGAAAAUGGAUUUUCAGGGUGGGUGGAGACGUCUGUGAAGGAAAACAAAAAUAUCAACGAGUCCAUGAGGGUUCUGAUUGAGAAGAUGAUGUCCUCUCCCUCGGGCGAUGGCAGCUCCUGCUCUGCUGGCUCUGGGGAUUACAUCAACAUCAAGGAGACCUCUCCUCCAGGCUGGGCCUGCUGCUGAGGCUGCUGGCACGCUGUGCCCUCAUCAUCAUCAUCAUCAUCAUCAUCGUCAUGGUCGCCUCUCCCUGGACUCUCCCUGGUUUGGGGUUUUUUUCCUGGGAUUUUGAACUCUUCAGUGCUGUUUGCUCAGCACAGCCCUGAGCAGCGCCUUGGAGCGAGGGGUGGAGGAGGAGGAGGGGGAAUGUUCCUGAUUUGGGAAUGUUCCUCACUUGGGAAUAUUGCUCAUUUAUUAAUAUCCCUGAUUUGGGAAUGUUCCUCACUUGGGAAUAUUGCUCAUUUAUUAAUAUCCCCGAUUUGGAAUGUUCCUCACUUGGGAAUAUUGCUCAUUUAUUAAUAUCCCUGAUUUGGGAAUGUUCCUCAUUUGGGAAUGUUCCUCAUUUGGGAAUAUUGCUCAUUUAUUAAUAUCCCUGAUUUGGGAAUGUUCCUCAUUUGGGAAUGUUCC